AUGUCAGAAAGUGGUGGGCAGGAACAGUCAAGAUGGAUAACAACAGUUAUUAUGAGUACAGCUCUGCAGAAUCAUGAAAUUUCUACAAUUCUACAGAGGCAACAACACCGAGUUCGAUAUUCAGAAUCGGUGGAGAUUGGAUCCGUGAUUUUUUCUCUUUCUGGUGUUGCAUUUAUACUGUCAGACACUCAAGAGUUGCUUAUGACAGGGGAAGAACAGUUUUCCAAAAGAAUUCAGAAGUUCAUAAAUAUUCAUCGGAACAGCUUUUUGGUUUUGUCAGCUGCUCUUCAUGGACCAGAAGAAUGGAAUGUCAUGUUUAGGAUUCAGAGAAGAUUCCUGGGUAGUAAUUUACGUAUCGUACCAGUUCAUAAUACUGCUGAAACUGUUAAGUUAAUGCUAACUAUAGCUAAGAUCACUUCCAAGCCACAAGCAGAUGAUAUUCGUUACAAAAUGGCAAUGACAAAAGCCCAAAUAAUAGAAAACAGUCCGGUUUGGAAGAUGCUUCAGGAGUACCAGUUGUAUUGUAACUAAAUUAGUAUUUGGGUUUUUUAUUCAUAAAUAGAGUGGCUACAUUUUAAACAAAAUAUAGAAUGUUCUUAAAUAUACAGUUAUGUUUCAAAAGACUAUAUACAACUUACGCAUCUGGAAUGAAAAUUUAUAUUAAAUAACUAUACAGUGAAAAAUAGCAUACAUUAU